AAAAUUCAACAUAGAUAAUAUGGCUGCUUUCCCACCCAUUUUUAUUGGCUGGAAUUAACGACCACUAAUUCAAUCAUAAAUUGGAUAUUACUUGACCAUGUGCUCGUGAGGAAUAAAGAAAAGUAUAAUUUAUUGCAAAGAGCAUGCAAGCUAGGAAGAGUAGAAUUCAGGUUAAGAUAAUUUUACCUACAACUUUUAUUAUGUUUAAUUGUAUAAACAAACAUUUUUCGCUUGUUGUAUUUUAAAAUGAGAUUUGCAAAUCAAUGUAUGUGUUCUCCGACUGAUGUUCCUAUCAAAUAUAAUACUCAUCAGCAAGAAGAGAACUCAACUUAAUGCAAAUGCAUCGUUGGGAGUGCUUCAACACCAUCACCACCUUCGGCAACGCCAAGUGUGCAGGAUCUGAGCAGGAACCGUGCUGCCAGGCGCCACCCUGCUCCUCGGAGGCCAUGGAUUGGCAGCCGAUCUGUCCAGAGCCCGUCCUUCAAGCCCCGCCGCCGCCGCCGCCGCCGCCGCUCUGCUGGGCUCAUCUGCCCCGAGACAAGCCCCCGGUGACGGGCGACAUGGCCCCCGGCUGCGGGGACCAGAGCAGCGCGCGGCAGUCGGGCUCUGCCAAGCACACGUCCUAUACCUGCCAGGGCCAGCCAGUCCGGUUCCGGCGGGUUCAUCGUCGCGACUACAAUUCAAGCCCGCCGCCACAAAAUGACACAAACUGAACUCAUCUGUGUUUCUGCAUGUCUUAUUUGUGUUUGUAGUAAAAAUUUAAAAUCACAUUGUACGACUUGAUUCACCGAAACCAGUUCUUAUCUGUAGUUUGACCAACAUUCUGUAGACUGAAACUAAUUUUUAUUCUUCCAUCUUAAGGUUGCGAAAGGCGUACUAAUUAUUCAGGGCACCCCCCUUGCAAGAUAAAUUGCACAUAGUAGUACUAUAUUUUGUAUUAUUCUGUACUUUAUAUCACAGAAACUAGGACUUUAUUCCAUAUGAAAAAAGUAGGCAGAAAAGUGAAAUGCAAUGUUAUCCUGGCUAGGUAAGAAAAUAAGUUAAAUUUCGAAAUGGGAAAAUCAAAACAAUCUGUUAUGACAUAUAGUUAGGUACAAUUUCAGCAUUUGGAUUUCCAGAUUGGAAUUAUAUUUCUGUUUCUUUAUAAUUUAAAUCAUUGUCUUACCUCUGUGCCAUAUAAUUUUGAUUUGCAUUGUUUUGUGUUUGGUUCUAUUUUUAUUGACUUCGCUGUCGAAUAUAUUUAAAGCUACCCAUACGAUACCAUAAUUAUGUAUUAAUUCAUGCGAUGCUGAAACACAGUACAGUAAUGUUUCAGUAAGUUAGUUACAUUUUAUUAAAUGUAUCUGAAACAUUGUUUUAUAUUCAUAUACAAAAUAAAAAAAAGUUCAGGAUGAAUGUAUUGUAAGAA